AUGCAGGUGCCCUGGAACUUCCGAUUCGGGAUCGUCAUUCUCGGAGACUCGGCCGUGGGGAAAUCGUCCCUUCUGCAUCGCUUCACCGAAGGCACGUUCGACGAAUCCCGCCAGUCUCCGCUGGGGAUCGAUUUCAAGGUGCACAACAUGAACUUUGACCCCGAUGUCGCGAUCAAGCUGCUUCUGUGGGACACGGCGGGACAGGAGAGAUUCAGGUCCAUAUGCAAGUCUUACAUGAGGAACUCUGUGGGCUGCGUCCUGAUGUUUGACGUGUCUCAGAGACAGACGUUUGACCGCGUGGCCAGCUGGCACGACGAAGUCCUGGACUACGUGAAGCCCAACCCGAUGUUCUUCGUCCUCGUGGGCCACAAAAGCGAUCUGGCCGUGGGCCGGCAGGUCAGGAAGAGUGAAGGAGAAGCUCUGGCUAAAAAACUCAGCAUGCUGGCUUAUCUUGAGGCGUCCACCAAAGAGAACGUUAACGUCAGCGAGGCGUUCGAGACCCUGACCAGAGGCGUGUAUGACCUCUUCCGGCAAGGCAAAAUCCCCACCCGGGAUGACUGGCACGGCUUGACGGUCGGGGCCGCCCUUAAAAAAGAGCCUCCUGCGACCAAAAAGCCUGCCUGCUGCAACUGUGGAUGAAUUUGCUGCGCGUUUCAGACUCGAGCGAGCCUUUCUGCGGAGUACUGUACUGAAAAAGGUGUUUACUGCAGUAUUUUACACGCGUACGCCUACCAAAACAGCACUGAAAUGUAGUAAAAGGGCUCGUGGAAUAACAGUUUAGAUUAAAGCUAAUCGUGAACGUAAGUAAACAUAAAAGAGAGAAAGAUUAAACUAAUCUAAACCUUUUUUUGGUGCAAUAAAAUAAAACAAUAAGGAAGUGAUAAUCAUUUUCGUGUUAAUCCUAAAAUACUUUAAACGAGCUCUUUUAAGUUUUCUCUCUAUACGCCUGUCUGUUCUUCAGUUUGUGACAGAAAGAGGAAAUGGCCAUUUUAACCCGUUCAGAGGAACUAAAACUAACUACAGGCGGAUUUUUAUAGUGUUUUGGUUUUGCUGACUAACUGCCAAAACUGUGUUCACGGCCAUCAUUUGUGAAAAAUCUGCACAUUUGUGAAAUAACGAUGGCCUUUUACAAACCUCGUGGGUCUCGAAUAAUAACAGCGCCAUCCAGAGGCUUUGAUGAGCAACUACAAACCUUUUUCAACAUAUUUAUUAAAAAAAAACGUUUUAAUUAAAUAAAAGCACCUAAAGUGAUUUAUAAAGAAUGAGUUUGAGCAAGCUUUUUGUAUUUAAUCGGCACUAUUGAGCACUUUUCCACUUUACUUUUAGCGUGAGCCUAGAUGUGAUUUUAAAGGGGACGCUGUCAUUUUAAACGCGAAUGUGCGCGACUUCCGGUUUCAUCGGAUUAUUUUUAGCGCGCUAAAGAAAACUAUGCUGCUUAAUAUUGCAAAACGCCAUUUAUUAACAUAUUAUAAUUCGUUUUCAUUAUAAAUGCACUAAUUUGUAAGGCAAUUAGUUUCACCCUUAUACUUCCUUAUUUAAGGCUAUAAUGAAUCGGAAGUCUCGCACAUUCGCAGAAAACUGAUCAAAAUAAGCUGGAUAUUGCACUUUUUAUUAUGAAACCGAUAACUGGGCAUCGGGUGAGGCUUUCUCUAGUCUUUUGGAUGAUUACAGAUAAUGAAUUCACCUCUCAGGAAACGCUGGAAAAUAAACAGCUUGCAAAGGUUUCAUUUCGGUCACAUUUUAUUGUAUUAAAAUGACAAAGAUACAAAAUUUAA